GUGCCAGGAGGUGGCUGGAGUGGAGGAGAGAGGUUGAGCUGCUCUCCGACGUGGCUUACUUCGUCCUUACCACGCUCUCAGGUUACCAGACACUGGGUGAGGAGUACGUGAGCAUUGUCCAAGUAGACUCAUCCAAGAAGAAGAUUCCUUCCUUGCUCCGACGAGCCGUCUUCAUCUCCCUGCACACCGUGGUGCCCUACUGCCUGGAGAAGGCUCUGCUGCACCUGGAGCAUGAGCUGCAGGUGGAAGGGGAUGACUCCAGGACCUCCCAGAGCACCCCAGGACUCGGUCCCAGCAGGAGCCUGUGGCGCAGCUGGGUGCAGAGGCAGGUUGGGGAGCUCACAGAGCAGCAGAAGAAAGCAGCAUCCCAAGUGGUGUACAUGCUCAAGCAAUCCAUCCCUGUGCUGCACCGGCUGCACCUGGCAGUGUUCUACAUCUCUGGCACCUUCUACCACCUCUCUAAGAGGGUCACAGGGAUCUCAUACCUGCACUUUGGAGGGCUGCAAGGAGAAGAUCAGAGCAUCCGGUCGAGUUAUAAGGUCCUGGGAGUGAUUUCUCUCUUGCACCUGCUGCUCACUGUGGCUGUGCAGGUUCACAGCUUCAAGCAGAGGCAGAGAGCACGGCAGGAGUGGAAGCUGCACCGCAGCCUCCCCCACCAGAGGCACACGAGCACGGACAGAGCCCCUGGGAGACAGUCACGCUGCACACUGUGCCUGGAGGAGAGGAGACACAGCACAGCCACCCCCUGUGGGCACCUCUUCUGCUGGGAGUGCAUCACUGCCUGGUGCAACACCAGGACAGAAUGUCCACUGUGCAGAGAGAAGUUCCACCCUCAGAAGCUGAUCUACCUACGGCACUACCAGCUGUGA